AUGUCUUCAUCAUCUUUGGAGAUCUAUCAUGUGCUCAGACCAAUGCGACUCAUCGGCAGAGUCCCAAGUAUGAGAGAGCUGGUGAAAAUACUCCUAGACACCUUGCCGAUGCUUGCAAACGUUCUCAUUCUCUACAUCUUUGUCGUGCAAAUUUUUGGCAUUGUGGGAGUUCAGCUUUGGGCAGGGCAGCUGCGCAACCGCUGCUUCCUCGGAGGGGACAUCCCCAAAAUGUACAACGUGUCCUUAAGUCCAUACUUCAGGUCCAAGUACGGUGAAAAAGGCCCAUUUAUUUGUUCGAAUGAUAACGAGAACGGGUUGCGGCGCUGCCAUGAUGUGCCACCGUACAGAAAGGAUGGGGAAACCUGCUCAUUGGCUGCUCCCAGCCACGGUUCAGCUGGGGCCAGGCCUAAUGCCUGCGUAAACUGGAACUUGUACUACAAUGUCUGUCGUGCUGGGGACCACAACCCUCACAUGGGAGCCAUCAAUUUUGAUAACAUCGGCUAUGCCUUGAUAGCCAUAUUCCAGGUUGUCACACUAGAAGGAUGGACAGAUAUCAUGUUUUAUGUUAUGGAUGCUCAUUCCUUCUGGAGCUUUGUAUUUUUUAUACUCGUCACAACCAUGGGCUCCUUCAUCAUGAUGAACGUGUGCGCAGUAGUCAUCGCCACACAGUUCGCGGAGAACAUGAAAAGGAAGACAGGAGAGCGGCGUGCUGGCGCUAUCACACAGAUCUGUAACAAGAUAACCUGCUGGCUGGGGAGGAUCUCCCGUAGAAGAAUCAGACAUCGUAACAGGGUGCACACCGGUGGCAUGGGGAACAGGAGUAAUACCACACUGAAGGAGGUCUGGAUGCCAUUCAAGGGAAAGCUUGAGAGGAUGGUCAACAGCAAACUCUUUGACUGGGUGAUCAUGUUUGCUGUUUUCCUCAGUAUUCUCACCAUUGCCAUAGAACACUAUGAGCAGCCUAAGGAGUUGGCACAAAUGUUACAGAUCAGUAACGUCAUCUUCGCCUUUAUAUUUACCGUGGAGAUGGCCUUAAAGCUGCUGGCUCUCGAGUGGGAAUACUUCAGGGACCGAAACAACAUCUUUGACUUUGUCAUCGUUAUCAUCAGUUUGUGGGAGAUAAUUGCUAAAACUGAUGGCAGGUUGUCAGUUCUGCGCGCGCUUCGUCUUCUGCGGUUUGUGCGGCUGGUGCACUUCCUCCCUUGCCUGAAGAGACAACUGCUAGUGCUGAAUAAGACCAUGGAAGAGGCAGCCCCGCUCUGCAGGCUAAUGCUGUUUGUCACUUUAAUUUUUAGUGUUUUGGGUAUGUGCCUGUUUGGUGGUAAAUUUAGCUUCAUGACACUGAAUGGACACAAAAUUGAUGACCGCAAAAACUUUGAUUCCCUACUGUGGUCCAUGGUCACUGUGUUCCAGAUUCUGACUGAGGAGGACUGGAAUCUGGUGUUAUAUAAUGCCAUGGCUGCCACCUCUCCAUGGGCCGCUCUCUAUUUUGUUGCCAUAAUUGUGUUAGGAAAACAUGUUCUUCUCAACGUACUUGUAGGCAUAGUAAUUGAGAGCUUCCAGGCCAGGCACUCCUCAAGUUCAGAUAAAGACUCCACCAGCUCCACUCCACCCAGCCAGGCUCCUGAUUGUGACUCUUCACUGACAGAAAACAACAAGACAAACGGCUCUUCAAGACCCAAUCAAAACUGGCCUCUCUUUCCAUGUGGGACCAGUAGACCCACUGUGAUUAACUCUGCACCUACAGAUGCCAUCAAGGACAAUAGAUCUUUGAACUUGAUCCAGAAAGUGCUGCGCUGGUGCGAGGAGCAUGGAGAUUGGUCAUUCUAUAUGUUGUCUCCACAGAACAGGUUCCGUAUCUUUUGCCAACAUGUGGUCUCUCACAAGAUGUUCGACCAUAUGAUUCUGCUCUUUAUUCUCCUGAGCUGUGUCCCCAUCGCUAUGGAGAGGCCUGGAAUAGACCCUAAAAGCACAGAGCGAUGGAUCUUGAAUACGUCCCGUUAUGCAUUCUCUGCUGUCUUCCUGGUAGAGAUGCUUUUUAAGGUUCUAGCUCUUGGUUUGCUGUUUGGGAAGCACAGCUACUGUCGGUCCUCCUGGAAUGUCAUGGAUGGUGUGUUGGUGAUUCUGUCUUUAGUCCACAUCUUUGUCUCUCUGGCCAGUACGGGCAAAAACAACAUGCUGGGAAUCCUCAAAGUUUUACGCCUGCUACGCACACUUCGCCCCCUGAGGGUAAUCAAGCGAGCCCCAAAACUGAAGCUGGCCGUGGAAGCUCUCAUCGCCUCGGUUAAACCCAUCGGGAACAUUGUUCUCACUUGCUGCGCCUUCUUCUUUUUCUAUGGCAUCCUUGGGGUGCAGUUGUUCAAAGGGAAGUUCUACUACUGUGUGGGUCAGGACACAAGAAAAAUCACCAGCAAGACUGACUGUGUGUCAGCCAACUAUCAAUGGAUACGAAAGGAGUUCAACUUUGACAGCCUGCCUCAGGCUCUGAUGGCCUUGUUUGUAAUGUACUCAAAGGAUGGCUGGGUCAACCUCAUGUAUGAUGGGCUGGAUGCUGUGGGAGUAGACAAACAGCCUGUGAGAAACCACAAUGAAUGGAUGCUUCUUUUCUUCAUUUCCUUCAUGAUUAUGAGCUUCUUUCUCCUCGACAUGUUCAUUGGUGUGAUGGUGGAGACCUUCCACCAGUGUCAGCAGGAGCAAAAAAGACGGGAUGAAGGAGAAGAGGGAGGAGGGUUAUUGCAAGACCAAUGCAGGGAGUCUGAGGAGAAGCCAUAUUACUCAUACUACUCCCCCAUGCGUCGGUCUAUCCACACUCUGUGUAACAGCAGCUUCCUGGACAUUUUCAUGACUGUCAUAAUUGUCAUCAGUGUCUUGAUGAUGGCUUUCGAGCAUUAUAAUCAACCUCUGUAUAUAGAGCAGCUUACAGAGUACUCCUACUACAUGUUCACCGCCAUCCUGAUCAUCGAAGUCCUUCUGAAGCUGGUGGCAUUUGGCGUACUUAGGUUCAUAAAAACCGGAUGGAAUGUGGUGGACGUCAUUGUAGUCUUGGUUUCCAUCAUCAGUAUCAUUUUCAACGAGAUGAAAAUGGCAGAUGCAAUUCCCUUUAAUCCCAGCAUCCUGACUGUGUGUAGAGUACUCAGACUAGCACAAGUGCUGAAGGCCAAAAACAUACGAGUUCUCCUGAAAACCAUUAUCAAGACGCUAUCGCAGGUUGGAAAUAUUUGUCUGCUCUUCAUGUUCUUCUUUUUCAUCUACGCUGCGCUGGGAGUGGAGCUCUUUGGCAAGCUAGAAUGCACCGACGAUUACCCAUGCCUGGGUUUACAUCGGUACAACAACUUCAGGAAUUUUGGGAUGGCCCUGCUCACGCUCUACCAAGUGUGCACCGGAGACAACUGGAGCAUGAUUCUGAAAGACACAUUGAGGGAGUGUCGCCCUGAUGAUGAUGGCUGUUUGAGCUACCUGUCCUGGGCGUCUCCAAUUUUCUUCACCACCUUUGUGGUCAUGGCCCAGUUUGUGCUUGUAAACCUGGUGGUGGCAGCGAUCAUGCAAGCUCUGGAGGACAGCAACGAGAACAACCCUACUAACUUCUGUCUCCCCCUGGAGGAGGUAGUGCAGGACACUCAGCAGGCCCUGCCGUCGCCAGCGGAGAGUGUCGUAUCCGGCUCGGGCCAUAUCAACACAGAGGGAUCCUCAGAGUGAUGACACACACAGACAUGACUUUGUUGUUUUAAGUAGUAAUAUAUUUAUUUGUAAAUUUGUUUUGUUGCUACAUGUUCCUCCUGAUGGCUGUU